AUACCUUAACAGUAAGAGUAUCUAUUUUAUAAAGCCGGGGGAUGUUUUAUUUUAUUAUUUUUUAAAUCUGCAGGUUGCAAUAAAAAUAAUAGACAAAACAAGGUUAGACCCAAGCAAUCUGGAGAAGAUUUAUAGAGAAGUUCAGAUAAUGAAGCUUUUGAAUCAUCCUCACAUUAUCAAGCUAUAUCAGGUUAUGGAGACAAAGGAUAUGCUUUACAUUGUUACUGAGUUUGCAAAGAACGGAGAAAUGUUCGAUCAUCUGACCUCCAAUGGGCACUUAAGUGAAAGUGAAGCACGGAAGAAGUUCUGGCAGAUUCUUUCAGCGGUGGAAUAUUGUCACAGCCACCACAUAGUGCACAGGGAUCUCAAAACAGAGAACCUCCUGCUAGAUGCUAACAUGAAUAUCAAGUUAGCAGACUUUGGGUUUGGAAACUUCUACAAGUCAGGAGAGCCCCUCUCCACUUGGUGUGGAAGCCCACCUUAUGCAGCUCCAGAAGUUUUUGAAGGCAAAGAAUAUGAAGGACCUCACCUGGAUAUAUGGAGCCUUGGAGUGGUGCUGUAUGUCCUUGUCUGUGGUUCUCUGCCUUUCGAUGGACCCAAUUUACCAACUCUGAGGCAAAGAGUGCUGGAGGGGCGGUUCCGCAUCCCUUACUUCAUGUCCGAAGACUGUGAAACACUAAUCCGACGGAUGUUGGUUGUGGACCCAACCAAGCGGAUAACCAUUUCCCAGAUAAAGCAGCACAAGUGGAUGCAAGCUGACCCAUCUCUUCAACAGCAGCAAUCUUUGUCCUUCUCCAUGCAAAACUACAACUCCAACCUGGGUGACUACAAUGAACAAGUCCUUGGGAUCAUGCAAACACUUGGCAUCGACAGGCAGAGAACUGUUGAGUCUCUGCAAAACAGCAGCUACAACCAUUUUGCUGCAAUUUAUUACCUGCUCUUGGAGCGCCUCAAGGAGUACCGAAGCAGCCAGCUAUCGAGUCGUCCAGCAACUGGCCGUCAGCAAAGGCCAAGGAGCUCUGAGAUCAGCAAUGUCGAGAUGCCUCAGGAUAGUCUCACUAGUGAAACCCUGCGAUCAUCUCUUCUUUACCAGCAACCUCAGAGCCUGAUUCAGCCAUCGUUGCAGGCAGAAACGGACUGUGACAUGAACAGUCCUUUACAGCCCAUGUUCUUUCCUGUGGAUCCCAACUUCAACGGGAUUUUCCGAAACCGCUCCAUCUCCCCCAACAGCCUGCUGGAGACUACCAUUAGUGAAGAAGUAAGGCAAGAGAAGGAGCUGGAAGACGAAAUUAAGGCUUAUGACCACCCCAUCCACAUCCCUAGCAACACCAGCAGGAGGCACACACUGGCCGAAGUGACCACUCAUUUCUAUCAGCAUGCCCCUCCAUGUAUAGUCAUUUCCUCUUCUGCAAGCCCCACAGAGGGAACUAGUUCAGACAGCUGCCUUACUUCAUCUUCAAAUGACAGCUCAGUGGCCCUGAGCAGCUGUUUGGCAGGUCAAGUAAUGACAGGGUGCCCAGCCACAGCUAGGAUGACGUCGCCCUUCCUUGCUUCCCAGUCUCACACUCCAGUGUUACAAGCCCAGGGCUGCAUGGGAGGUGCUUCUCUCCUGCCUGUCAGCUUCCAAGAAGGAAGGCGAGCAUCUGAUACCUCAUUAACUCAAGGCUUGAAGGCUUUUAGGCAGCAGCUGCGGAAGAACGCUCGAGCCAAAGGGUUUCUCGGCUUGAAUAAAAUCAAAGGCUUUGCUCGGCAGGUGUGUCAGUCCUCUUCAUCUCGGGCAGCAAGGAGUGCCAUGAGCCCUUUCCAACACACGCAGCCGAACACCUGCAUGUACAGCAGCAGCGGAAGCAGCAGAGAGGGAAGAAGCCUCCUGGAGGAGGUGCUACAGCAGCAGAGAAUGCUCCAGCUCCAGCAUCACCAGCUACUGCAGACAGCUUGUCCCCAGGCUUCUCAGACAUCCACAGCAAAUGGCGCACCCUCCUCUGAUAGCGUAGGUACCUGCAAUACAUCCAAUUCUCUUCUGCUGUCGGAGCUACAAAGGGAGAACUCAUUCGAGCUGGCCUUUGCUGGCAACACCCAACUGCUCCAACCUCAUUUCUUCGGUGUCAGCGUGUCGCCAGUGUCCUCAGCAGCUCACCUUCUCGACACGCACCUGUACAUCAGCAGCAACGUCUCCCCGGCCGCCACCACCUUCUCUCAGCAGCAGAGUUUCUCUGUGCAGUCUCCAAGCUACGACGCAGUCACUCUGCAGCACGGGGAUUGCGAGAUGGAGGACCUGACUUCCAACCAGCUUGGGAAGUUCGUCCUGGUCAAAUGAGAGCCCCGGCUGCUCUUGCUGCGAAGAACUUGCACCACUGUCCGUGGCGUGUGUGGGCCCAUGGCUGGCUGGUGUCGUGUGGACAAGUGACUCUCAGAAGCAAUAAAUUUUGAAGCAUGUGAAGAGGCUGUCUGGCUCGGAAAGCUAGCAACUUUAUAGAACUGAAACAAGCAAUAUGUAUGUCUUUUUGCUUCUACUAUUCUUGCACUGAACAAAAACGAAUCGAAAAUGAAUUUUUUUAAAGGAAAAAUAAUGGUGGGGAGGAUGGGUGGGGCAUUUGUGGGGACAGGGAGGGAUGUGGUCGGGGAAGAACUCUUCGGUACUGUACUCAAGUCAGACCAAUACAGCUCUGCUGUUAUGCAAGAUUAGCAGCUGUCAGUAGUGGUGACACAGCAGGGAGAGGCUUUUCAAAGAAGGGACCAGAGCCUCCCUUUUUCACAAUAUUCAUUUAUGGGUUUGUGAAGAAGAUUACCUCUUUUAAAGAAAACAAACAGAAAACCAGUGGCAUGCAGCAUUAUCCAUUCAUAGAAGACGAAAAUGGAAGCAUUGCCAUUUGUUGUUGGGUUUUUUUUCCUCCUGUUAACACCCGUUUUAUUUAAAGGAACCAACAUCCCCAUUCCACACCUCCCAGAUAGGUAUACUUUAAAUGAAAACUGUGAAUUUCUUGCUUGAGACAUCAGCUGGAAAAGCUUAAAAAACUUCUUUUCAUUAUUAUGGAAGCAAGUGAUCUCUUGAAAAUGUAUCCCUUGAUACCAUGAGCCCAACUGCAUAAUGUCUGGUCUUUUGCAGGGAUAUUUGUUUGGAGGUGGUGUGUGUUUGUGUGUGUACAUAUAUAUGCACGUGCACACAUGCCUAUAUUUUGUCGGUCUGAAUAACCUUUAGGAAUCUUUUUUUAAAGGCUCAGUUUUUUCAUAUUCUCGCAGAGGCACUGAGAAGGGGAAGCAGUAGUAGCAGUGGGGUGAUGGGAAGGGUUUUCUUUUGAAAAAGCCCUCCUGGAGAUUGCCUACAAAGUUGCUCGAGGGGUAUUUCUUAGUGCUGCACAUUGUUAUUUCCGCUGCUAAUUACGUUUUUAUGCAUUUCAUUAUCAGGGUCCAAACAGAACUGACUCUUGGGGAAAUGUGCAAUAUCGAGGUUAUAAUUAUAUACUGACAAAGACAAAAGGAAUAGGCUAGAACAGAAUUCAACUCUAACGGAGUACAGCUAUUUCUGAACAAAACUGUGUAUUAAAAGUGAGUAAAACAGC